AUGGCAUCUUUUCCCACCACAGAUGCCUCUAAUGCUAUAUGUGGCCAGGUUCUAUCUGCUCUUCCUAGAACCUCUAGGCAAGUUGAAAUUCUGCAAAAUCUUACUACAACAUACGAGAUUGUUCUCUGGCAGCCAGCAAUGGCAGAAUUAAUUGUGAAGAAGAAAGAAGUUCAUUUUUUUGUGAAUGACUCAGAUGUAAGCCUUGUGAAAGCCCAUUUAAAUGUGAGCAGAAUUCCAUUCAGAGUCCUGAUAGGAGAUGUUGAAGAUCUCAUUCUACAGCAGACUUCCAAUGACACAGUCAGCCCCCGGGCCUCCUCGUCAUACUACGAACAGUAUCACUCACUAAAUGAAAUCUAUUCUUGGAUAGAUCUUAUAACAGAGUGGUAUCCUGAUAUGGUUGAAAAAAUCCACAUUGGAUCCUCAUAUGAGAAGUACCCACUUUACGUUUUAAAGGUUUCCAAAAAAGGACAAAUAACUAAAAAUGCCGUAUGGAUUGACUGUGGAAUCCACGCCAGAGAAUGGAUUUCUCCUGCUUUCUGCUUGUGGUUCAUAGGCUAUGUAACUCAACUCUAUGGAAAGGAAAGAAUGUACACUAAUCUUCUGAGACACAUGGACUUCUAUGUCAUGCCAGUGGUUAAUGUGGAUGGUUAUGACUACAGCUGGAAAAAGAAUCGAAUGUGGAGAAAGAACCGAUCUUUUCAUGAGGACAAUAGAUGCAUCGGAACAGAUCUGAACAGGAACUUUGCUUCCAAACACUGGUGUGAGGAAGGUGCAUCAAGCUUUUCGUGCUCGGAAACCUACUGUGGACCCUACCCUGAAUCGGAGCCAGAAGUGAAGGCAGUGGCUGAUUUCUUGAGAAAAAAUAUCAACCACAUUAAAGCUUACAUAAGCAUGCAUUCAUACUCCCAACACAUAGUGUUUCCUUAUUCCUACAAUAGAAGCAAAAGCAAAGACCACAAGGAGCUGUCUCUGGUGGCCAGUGAAGCUGUCCGUGCUAUUGAGAGUAUAAGUAGGAAUACCAAGUAUACACAUGGCAGUGGCGCAGAAAGUUUAUAUCUAGCUCCUGGAGGUUCGGAUGACUGGAUUUAUGACUUGGGCAUCAAAUACUCGUUUACAAUUGAACUUCGAGAUACAGGCAGAUUUGGAUUCUUGCUGCCUGAACGUUUCAUCAAACCAACUUGCCAAGAAGCUCUUGCCGCUGUCUCUAAAAUAGUCUGGCAUGUCAUCAGGAAUGUUUAAUGCCCUUGAUUUUAUCACUCUGCUCCCAUAUUUCAAUUUAUUGAUUCCAGCAAGACCAAAUAAUUGUGACAGCUUCUUUUUAAGUUUUAUCAAGAGUUUUGUUACAAGAUUUUGCUGUUUCUUGGUUUUGUCAAAGAACAAAAUAAAUUCUACCUUG